GCCAACUUGUCUGAUCAAGCAACUUUGAGACCACAGAAGGAGAAUGUGACAUCUGUAAGUAAAGACGGAGCACAAAAACCUUGUUCCAACACCAAAGCAGCAUCAGUUAGAACUAGGACUGGUGUAAAUAAACGAAAAGCUAGGAAAGAUGAUAGUCCAAAGGAACGCUCUGCCAAACAGAGGAAGAAGGACUCUGUCUCCAACUCUAAUUUCCAACAUCAAGAGACAAAGGAAGAGUCUGCCAAACCUCGCUCCAACACCAGAUAAGCAACAGUUAGUACCAGGACUGGUGUAAAUAAACGAAAAGCAAGGCAAGAUGAUAGUCCCAUGGAACGCUCUGCCAAACAGAGGAAGAAGGACUCUGUCUCCAACUCUACUUUCCAACAUCAAGAGACAAAGGAAGAGUCUACCAAACCUCGCUCCAACACCAGAGCAGCAACAGUUAGUACCAGGACUGGUGUAAAUAAACAAAAAUCAAGGCAAGAUGAUAGUCCCAUGGAACGCUCUGCCAAACAGAGGAAGAAGGACUCUGUCUCCAACUCUAAUUUCCAACAUCAAGAGACAAAGGAAGAGUCUGCCAAACCUCGCUCCAACACCAGCGAAGCAACAGUUAGUACCAGGACUGGUGUAAAUAAACGAAAAUCAAGGCAAGAUGAUAGUCCCAUGGAACGCUCUGCCAAACAGAGGAAGAAGGACUCUGUCUCCAACUCUACUUUCCAACAUCAAGAGACAAAGGAAGAGUCUACCAAACCUCACUCCAACACCAGAGAAGCAACAGUUAGUACCAGGACUGGUGUAAAUAAACGAAAAGCAAGGCAAGAUGAUAGUCCCAUGGACCACUCUGCUAAACAGAGGAAGAAGGACUCUGUCUCCAACUCUACUUUCCAACAUCAAGAGACAAAGGAAGAGUCUACCAAACCUCACUCCAACACCAGAGCAGUAACAGUUAAUACCAGGACUGGUGUAAAUAAACGAAAAGUAAGCCAAGAUAAUAGUCCCAAGGAACGCUCUGCUAAACAGAGGAAGAAGGACUCUAUCUCUAAAUCUACUUCCCAACAUCAAGAGACAAAGGAGGAGUCUACCAAACCUCGCUCCAACACCAGAGCAUUAAAAACAUUGUGUGUGGGUUUCAGAGCAUUUUUCGGGUUCUAA